AUGCCCCCUCGCCCAAACGCCAGGCCUUCGCCUACACACUUUCUGUGCAUACCUUUGGUCACCUCAGCCUCGAGACCCCAGCUGUCAAAGAGCCUGGCCUCCUUCAAGUCAGAUGUCACCAGCCCAGACAGCUUCGCAAUUCCUACAGACGCCGUGCGGCCGCUCGGCACUCUGCACCUCACUCUUGGUAUCAUGAGUCUGGCCAAGGACGAGGGCAUCAACAAAGCAACCGAGGUCCUCAAGAACCUGAAACUGCGGGAGAUCUUGGCCGGCAUCGCGCCUCUGUCCUCCGAGACCCCGUCGGCUGGCAAAGCGCAGUCGUCUACUGGCACCCCCGGAACCGACUCGCCGCUCCGAAUCACGCUUCGCGGCUUACACUGCAUGAAGUCGGGCCCUCGAGCGGAUCCCAGCAAGGCAUCGGUCCUGUACGCGCCGCCUGCACAUGGCGAAGGUGUUUUCCAGACAUUCUGCGAAAGAAUCAGAGCUACGUUCGAAGAGGCCGGAGUUAUGGAGAAGGAUGCCCGGGGCUUAUUGUUGCACGCCACCAUCGUCAACACGAUCUAUGUCAAGGGCGGCUGGAGUAAGAAGGGUCCGAAACUGACCAUCGACGCGAGGGAUAUACUUGACCGAUAUGAUGACUACGUCUGGAUGGAGGAUGUGCCCCUGGAAAAGAUUGCCAUCUGUCGCAUGGGGGCCAAGAAGAUUGAGGGGACGGAUGACGAAGCAUACGAGGUAGAGGCCGAGAUCGACUUUUAG